UUGUGAGGAAGUCUGGCAACGAAAAGUCGCGCACGUUACUCAACACUCAAGAACAACUGACUAAUAACCAACCGUGAAGGAUUACAAGUAAUUAAAUUAUACAGUCAUUCAAGGAAGCACGCAUAGAGGAUAUAGUGAAUUUCAGGGGGAGUAUUGAUCCGACACUGUAAUCAGGAAAUCUUUCAAAAUUAUUCGAAUUCAAUCGAUCAUUUGUUUGGAAUGGAAGUCCACGAAGUUGAUGCCGACAAAGUGAGCACUGCCAAAUCGGGGGAGGAUUCUUCAUUGAAUACAAAAAUUUCUAAAGAUUUUGGGCCGCAUCGGGAAAAACUGAUGAAAGUAAACCUGCCCCCAAAACCACCAGUAUCACCCACGAGCCUUUUAGCCCAAAAUAUCGCGCUUUUGCCGACUGGGGUGGCCAGGGUAACGCAAUCGCAACAGACAAAUCCUCCUGUUAAGAUGAAUUCACCUUAUCCUGCAGGAUCGUCUACGGGGUCUGCAACCGGAAAUCCACGAAACAAAACAGCCCUGGCCCCAGGGCAUAGCUUGAUGGACUGGAUCCGGCUCGGGGCUUCGGGGGUGGAUUUGACGGGGGUAGGUGGUGUACCUCAAAACAUUAGCCCUUCCGAACUCGCUCGACAUGACAAGCCGAAUGACGCUUGGAUCGCGAUUCGAGGAGUCGUGUACAACGUGACGAGGUACAUGGAUUUUCAUCCCGGUGGAGUACCUGAACUCAUGAAGGGUGUGGGGAAAGAUGCGACGAAGUUAUUUGACGACGUGCAUGCGUGGGUCAACUACCAAAGUAUUCUACAAAAGUGUGUCAUUGGCAGGUUGAAUCGCUCAGCUAGCGACUGUCCACUUCCAUCUCCACAGGCAAAAACUCCUUCCCCAUCAUCUGCAUCUUCACCAUCUGCUCUGCCUACACCAUCUAACAAAGAGAAUUCAACAAAUGACAGUGUUGCUCCAGUUGCACCUCAACCGCGAAUGGAUUGGAUUCAAACGAGCAAUACCAUAACUUUGUUUUAUUAUUCUAUACGUGAUUAUCCAGCAGUAGGCUAUCAGUUGACGCGAAUCUCUGAUGUUAAAUAUCAUAUUCGAUUUUCUUUGGAAAAGGAUAUUGUCACACAUGAAGUUGAACUAUCUGGUGCUGUUAAUUGGCCACCAAAAUGGAAAAGAAACUUUGAAUCAAUGAAGAUUGAAUUCACCUUCAUUAAAAAAGAGCCGAAGCUGUGGAAAACUUACGGGACCAUGUCUGCAUGCCACGAAUCAAACAAAAAGCAGAGAAUUUAUAGAGAAUACCGAGUGGUUAGCAACACGUCGCUUUGUAAAUUGGUUCGUCUUUUAGUUUUACGUGCGGAUCAAUAUUUGGAAAUAAUACCAAUUGGCAGACACGUUGAAGCCAGACUAAAUAUUAUGGGCACAGAAGUUUCACGAAUGUAUACUCCAGUUCCACCCUAUCUCCAUCCUGAUGAUAUUGCUCCCAAGUACGAAUCGGAUUGCAUUUGCUUGAUGGUGAAAACGUAUACCGAUGGUGCACUCACUCCUACAAUGACUACUCUAAAAUCAGGGGAGAUUUUGACACUGAGUAAUAGUCUCGGAACUUUUGUAGCAGAAAAUUUCCAAGACUUUACCAUCAUUCACAUGAUAGCCGCAGGCACUGGUCUUACCGCUAUGCUUCCCAAUAUCCAAUGGGCACUCGGCAGACGUAACGUAAGCCGUAUCAAUCUCAUCAAUUUGAAUAAAAACGAAGACAAUAUAUUUUAUGCCACGGAAUUGGACAGAAUAGCUUCAGGAGAACCCAGAUUCACAGUUACUCACGUUUUGUCACAUCCAGGUGAUUCUUGGACGGGUCGUCGCGGUGAAAUUUCCACUGAUCUCUUGCGAGAGUUGUUGGGUUCCAGCUCCAAUCAAGCAUGCGUUUUCAACUGUGGACCCAGAUCAUUUAUCCAGUUGACUAGGAAGAUGCUUUGUGACCUUGGUUGGAAAUCAAACCAGCUGCAUGAGUUCGACGAUUAACGUUGUUGACUAUUCAUCGUUUCCGAGUGAAUUAUGGUAUCGCCAUUACCGUGAAGAAAAAUGGAACAAAAUAAGUGAGCUUUUUUGAAAGUGUAGAAAAAUUUAUUUUUAUUAUGCGUAGAUGUUGUAAGUAAGAUUCCAUACUACUAUGGAGGAAAAAGCACACAAAAAUGCAAAGUGGAAUUCGGAAUUUUAAUAAAGUAGGUAACGAAAAACAUGCUCACCAGUCGUAUAUUUGACCGAACAAAAUACUUGACUCACUUGCACCCUGAUUUACUGCGUUGGGCUUAACAACAAUAGUUCCGGGAAAAACUGCGGCGGUGCAACUCCACUUACAAGAUUUAAGCAGAACCAUUUAGCUACUAGAUGUUGUCAGCUCUGGAUAUAGUCAUCGGUGUACUUAGAUGAAUGUUUACGAUGUUCUAUUUUUUAGCUUUUACCACAUUUGCCUACUAUCACCUCUUGAAACUUCAUCUAUUCUUGUUGGAAAUUACAAAUUUUGGGCAUUUCACCAGCGAACCAACAUGUAGUUCUAAGUAAUUCACCGACCAGUGUUUAAUGUUUGGCUUGGUUUGUACCUGAUAGUUGUCAUUUAAUAUUUCUGAGAAUGUUCAACAUCUCAAACAUUGAUCAUAACUAUAUUUUGUAUGUUUUCUAGUCCUAAUCAAAUGUAAUACAUGUAAAUAUAUAUCAUAUGCCUACCUACAUAACAUUAUUAUUAUUAUUACCGUUGUUAUUAUGAUUAGUAUUGCAAAUCUUAUUUCUUCCAUUUGUCAACAUUAUUGCGCCAAUUUAUCUUAGGAAGUAAUUGUCUGUGAUGUAGAACGUAGUCAUACAAAUACCGUGAGGCAUUAGAAUCGUAUUGCACUGUGUAAUAGUGUCAGCAGUACCUGUCGAUCGCUUUAAUAGCACCAAUCAAAUUGUUAUAUGUUUUAUUGUUGAAGAAUUUGCGGGAGAAUUUAUUAGGAAUAGCUUACAGGAAAUAAAACUGUCGUCUUUCAACAUCAUUUACAAAACCCGAUCUGAUUAUGAUGUAAAAUUCCAGUCCAUCAUUCAUGUGUGUAAUCGUAGUCCUCACAUAAUACCGAAGUAGGAUAAUGGUACUAUUUUACAUCCAUGGUUAAAUGAUACGACUCUACACUGUAAAUACUUUUUGUACACAAGCACAUAAAAAUAUUCGAAAUCAAAA